AUGAGGGACUUCAAGCUCAAAGCGGCAGUCCAGAGCGGCUUUGCCUCGGCCGCCGCCUACGACACUCACCGGCCUAGCUAUCCAAUUGAAGCAGUCGACCAAUUCCUACAAAAACUAGAGGUUUCCGGUGUCAAGAGGGCCAAAGUUGUAGAUCUUGCAGCAGGGACCGGAAAGUUCACAGAGAUCCUGGCGUCACGACCUGAGCAGUAUGAUAUUCUGGCCAUCGAACCUCACGAUGACAUGCGAGGGGAACUCGAGCGAAAAAACCUCACCGCUGUGAAGGUGGUCAAGGGACAUGCCGAAGAUCUUUCAUCUGUGCCGGACGGCAGUGUCGCAGCGGUCGUCGCAGCACAGGCAUUUCACUGGUUUGCCAACAUGCAAGCAUUAACCGAGAUCGCACGCGUACUUCAACCAACAGGAGUCUUUGGUGGGAUCUGGAACAUGGAUGACUACAACGCUCCCUUGGACUGGGACAUACAGCCUGGUUGGGGAGCCACCAUGCGCGACGUGGUACACACUUUUCAAGACGACACACCGAGAUUUAGGGAGGGUAAGUGGAAACAGGUAUUUGAUGAGCAGAAUCGGAGCAACCCGCUGUCUCUGCAAUUUGCAAAUCCUAUCUUUGGCUUGCCGAUCGGGGAAGAUACUGUCGAGUACGAACAGCGUCUAUCGCCCGAUGCUAUCUGGAGCAGGUUGAGGACGCUCAGUCAAUUUGCAAUAUUAGAAGGGCAAGAGCUAGAGAGGGUGAAAAAGGUUUUCUUCGACGCCGUUAAGACUGAGCAGACGGAUGCGCAGGGCAGAAUCGCUCUGCGUGGCCGAACCUAUUUCUUUUGGACCACCAGGAUUCCCGACGAGCCACUCAAAAGUGGCGGUUGA